CCCGGCGCCAACUCGCUUUUGUCAUUGCUCAGCGUGCUGAAGCCUUGGUGAGCCGUGGGACAAGCGAGAGUGUUUGCCAGGCCCUUCCGCAGCAGCCCAGGAGCAGCGGAGGGCAAGCGCGCGCACCCACCACAAGCAAAACCCAGCUGGGCUCGCCGCGGCGCGCGCGAGCACCAUGGCCCUCGUAAUAGCAAACAACGCGAACACAACAAACGACGACGACGACUUCGAGACCCUCCAGCGGGUCGAGGCCGCGUUAUGUGAAAAACUAAGAAGAGACGAGAACUCCGGUAGUGAUUUGGGAGAUCAGCUCUCGAGAAACUGGACCUGGCGCUCGUCUUCGAGUACAACCACAACGAGUUCGACGAAGGGCGCCCACGAGUACUUCGCCGAGGACCCCGGCUCCCAAUCUUUGGUUGCGCGGGGGUUUGCCCGAUGGCCCGAAUUCGUCACGAGAGAAUCUCGAAGACUGGCGGCGGCGGGCACGAGUCAAGCGGCGGGUCUCUUACCAGAAAUAGAGUGCGCCUGGGCGGCACUCGGCAAGACGCUGGUGGUCUGGGACUAUAGACGAGGGGACGACGUGUCGGUCUAUGAAGGCUUGUCGGAUCGCGUUACGUGCGUCUGCUUGGCGCCUCCCAAACCUAGGGUGUUCGUGGACGCGGUGAGAUACGUCCUGGCCAUCGCUACUGCCAGAGAUGUGGCUUUAGUUGCAUUAGUUUUUGAAAAGUCACAAUCAGAACCGCGAGGCAGGUUACGAGUAGUCCCGACCGAGUUCUCGGCUUCGAACGAGACGACUUUCACCGCAUCAGCCUCGACGCGGGACGGUAGGUUGUUCUUCGCCGGGUCAGAUGGAUUUGUUCAUGAGCUGCAGUACGCGUCGCGCGAAUCGGUCGUGUCGAAAAUUCUGCGGUUAGGCGCGCCGCCUCCUUUGGAACAAUUACCGGCGUCCGGCGAGAAGCGGAAGGCGCCGCCGCCCUCGGACGGGUUUGCUCGCGCGAAGUGCCUGCGACGAGACCCGUCGAUCGCGCGACGAGUAGCAACAAGUGUACUACCUCCUUUCGCGAGACCAGAUUGGUUGCUGCACCCUUUGCGGUUCCUGGGAUUGGAGGGCUCGAAGGCCGAUCCUAUCACAAAAAUUGCCGUUGAUGAUGCGAGGGGCGCUCUAUAUGCGCUAUCGUCGAGGGGCGCCUUAGAUGUCUACGAUCUAGGCCGAGAAGGCCAGCAGCUCUCCCAUGUUGGUAGAGCUGACGUUUCAAGAGCCGCCAAGGUCUGGGCCACGGCGCAUUCGGCACGGGACACGACGGCGCCCUCUCCCCACUUGUUCGACGACAAGCAACGGAAGAAUAGGAAGAUUGUGGACGUCCACGUCGUCUCGGCGCUGGAGUCGGCGACGGUGCAUGCCGUGUGUGUGGACGACGCGGGCUUCCGGUUCUACUUCUCGACCCAGUCGCGUUCGAGCAUGACAUCGUCCUCCAGUACAACGUCGGAGGACUCGUUGCGACCGCGGGCCUUGGUAUUGGUGCAUGUGCGGGCGCCGCCGCCCAAUAGCCUCUGGGACGAGGCCCGUAAGAGGCUAUUGGCUCCCUCUUUGGCAACUGAGGCGCCCGAGGCUCGCGCAGAACCCUCGCGAGACGCGACGGAAAUCUAUUCGACGACGUGCGGCGCCACGUUCUACUCGAGUGGUGUUUUAGCGUUGGCGCGGAACGCCGGCGCCGACGCCGACCGGUUGUUGUCUUCUUCGGUCGACGCUCGCCGAGGCCGAGCUGCGACCGUGACGCCUCAAUCCAGACCGCCGUCGACGGGUGGCUUCUUCGGGGGUUUGAGUCCGACCCAACAGCCUCAGCAGCAGCAACCGAAGCCUCAACAGCAACAACCGCAGCCGCAGGCACCGACAUUAAGAGAGAGUGUCGCGGAGCUGGCCGACGAGGCCGCGGCGACGCCGCCGCCCCCUCGAUUAGUUCCGAGAGUGUGGGCUUUGGCGGAGGCCUGUCCUAGAGAUGAUGCGGCGGCCAAACUCAGAGCUCUGCACGCGCUCUCAAAAACACCGCAACGGCCGGACCCCGUCGACAACACUCCCUCGAAGAUCGAUUCAUUAGUACGGCCUUUGGCAGCCAAAGAGUCGGACGCCUUCGUGGCCACAGAGAACCGAAGGCGGUACGGGGCCGCCGUCGAAAGUAGAUACCGCAAGAGUACGAAGUCCAAGAGCCCGGCCGACGUCUGGAGUGAGACGCCGGAAUACCGAGGCGAGGUCUCGUCACAGAGGCCGCUGCACGGCGGUAGGCAUGUGCGCGUGGAUCUGCCGGAUCCCGGUUUGCACGUACCGAGGCCUCGAGCCUACGCGUGCAAGGUGGCGCCGUUAUCUGAACUAGCGACGCAACAUAUCGUCGGCGAAAGGAGGUUGGUGGCUCUGACGCGUUUAGGAGUGGAAGAGUUGGGGCGGUGCCGGCCGUCCGAUAGGUUUCGCGCGCUGCUCGCGUCCUCACUCGCUAGUGGUGGUCGAGGCGGCGCGGCGGCCCGAGCUUUUAGGGAUGCCUACGGCCCCGUCGAGACGUGCGCCAUGGCUUUAUCUGUCGCGGUGGGCGCCGAUUGUGCGUCCGGCGCGGCGCCGGACAACGCUACUCUGAGGAGAGCUGCAUUAGCCGCCUACCUCGAUCUGGGCGGAAGGCCUUCAUAUCGAGAGGGCCAGCAGGCGCUGCCGCCGCCGGUGCCGGCGCCCGCGCCCGCGCCCGCGCCGGCCUCCUCGAGCGUUCGGUCCCCGUUCGGCGCUUCGGCGCCGGCGCCGGCGCCUUCUAUCGUCCAGACGUAUGUGCCGCCGCCUCGACCGCAGCUCCAGUUCCACCACUCGCCGCGGCAUGACGCCCUAGUGUUGGUCGCGUCUCGACUUUUAAGACCGGCGUGGUUCAAGGCUGUUGUGUGGUUCGACGAGCGGGAGACGGGGCCUUUACAAGCGAGGGCCAAGUUCCUGCUUGAUAGGAGAGAUUUGACGGCAUUACGGGGGCCUCUCACUGAACUAAGGGCCGCAUUACGAGAUGAGCCCGCACUCGCUGUGGCUACAAGACAUGAUUUGUUAGCCGCCGAUAGGGCGAGAAGGGGCCUGCGAGGCGGCGACGAGUCGCAUCUCCGGGAUGCUCAGGCUCGAGACGCGGACGCUGCUAGGGUAGAAGCGUUGGCGUUACACAGAGUCUACCGCCUCGUCGCGCGCGCGGGCGAGGCCCUGGCGUUGCUCGAUGUGCUACUACGAGCGAGAGACGCCGAGGAUCGCACAAAUUGGGCCGCGGCCAAGGACGCGCCGCCGCCCCAGCCGCCGAAGAUCCCUUCUUUGGCUCUUGUGGUGAUCGGCUCAACCACCCAAAAGAAACUCGAACAAAAGCCGUGCACGGCCGUCGACGCGCAUUUGAAACCGCUGGCCGGCUUGACGUUGAGGGAGCUCGUCUGCUCGCGGAAGGCUCAUGAAUUAGUGAGAGGUUGUUUACGAGCUCUGGUCGCGCCGUCUUCAUCAGACAAGGUCAAGCCCUACGCGUGGCCCCACGACUUGGCGCGGGAACUGGGCGCGUCGUGUGGCUUGUUCUUUCGCGGGGGUGACGCCUUGGCCCAUGCGGCCUCUCUGAAGUUAGCCCGAGCCGAGAAGCUCGCGCUCUCGGCUCGCCACGCCGAGGCCGACCAGGAGACCAAAGCGGCGUCCGAGGGCUAUGUUUUAGCCGCUAGGGCUUGGAGAUCUCCUGCCGACGUGCUGCCCGCGGCGAACGGCCAGACUCCCGCACUAGCUGCGGCUUGUAACGCGCUCCGAGCGAGGAACCAGGGCGCCGCCGCCGUGCGCUGCGCGUUAGCUUGUGCCGCGAACUUCACGGGAGACGCCGCCGAGGAGUCGGUGGGCGGCGACUGGGAGAGCGCGUUGUACCGGGGCACGGCGCCCACAUCUUCGGAUUCGGCGGCGGCUUUGAAGGCUUGCUUGGAUGCGGCCGUCGACGCCGUGGGCGGCGAAUUGCGGCGGUGCGUUUCCGUGAGAGAGCACACGGAACGCGACUCGGCGGACGACGCCUUAGCCGCUUGCUGUGCCGCAUCCAUAUCGAUAAGAAACGCGCCGGACUUCCUGGAUCGCGUCCUAGAAGCAGCCAGGGAGGCGGACCCGGCGCGCUUAUUGUCCUUGCCCUUGCCGGCGGUGGAGCCCUUCCUGCGGAAGCGGGACCCCGCCUUGCUGUGGCGCCACCACGCGGGCCGCGGCCGCCACGCGGCUGCGGCGGCUUUGAUGGAGGACCUGGCGACGGCCUCGGGCGCCAAGCUCGACGACCGCGUCGGGUGCUUGGUGCGAGCGGCGGACGCGGCGCGGCGCGCCUGCAGCGCGCCGCAGAUUGUUGAUGAUCAAGCUCCCCUUUGCGACGCGGCGCGCGUGCGCGAUUUAGAUGAGUUGCUGGCCGUGGCGCGGUUGCAGCAGAGGUGCCUGCGGCGCGCCCGCGAUUUACUACAUGACGCGCGGCGGCUCCCGGUGCCGGACGAGCGCGCGCGCGACUUGGAAAGGGUCUGCCAGACGCUCGAGUCGCGGCUGGUCGGCGUGUCCGAGCUCUACAACGACGUCGCGUCGCGCUACGGCAUGUGGGACGUCUGCCUCGCGACGUUGAAGGUCUGCGGCCACGACGAUGAACCGUUAGCUGUCAAGCUCUGGACGAGUCUCAUCAAGAGGUUGGUUCCUAACAAUGCGAGAGACCCCGAGUUGCGGCGGGAGUUAACAAGCGCGCCCUUCUGGGUCGCGCCGGGCUGCACGGACGCACAGGAGCCUUUUUGGGAGGACGACUACGAUGAUGAUCAAGGACAAUGUUUUGAAGAUGGCGCCUGGCGGCGGCCUUUGAGAGAUGCGGUCUCGGCCCUAGGGAGGGAGUUGGGUGCUGAUGAAUUGGGCGCGCCGGGCGUGUCCAGGGGCGACGACGCGCCCUGGACGGGGCCGGCCUUUCCCCUGAAGGCCGUGGCGGCGCUUUUACAAAGACUGGCGACGCGCGCGGCCGACGCUGAUCCCGCGUCGGACGCCGAUUCAGCAGCACCGAAGUGGCCCGCGGAUUGUUUACUGGACGCCGGCGCGCCGCGCCUCGCGCUGUGUCUUGCACUAGCUGACGCGGGGACUGCGCCCCUUGAAAGAUUGCAUGGUCUCGCGAACGCGGCGGACGUUUUGGAUGCUUGGGCCCUGAAGGCUAGGGAUGAUGCGCGAGCUAGAGCGGCUCUGGCGGCGGGCCUGCGCCACGGGGCCGACCCCGACGCGCUCGCGGCGGCGUUGCGGGGCUUCGACGGACGCGGUCGCGGCGGGCCACUCGUGCAGCGCACGCUGGAGCGGCUGGCGCUGACGUCGGAGCGGGUCGAGGCGCUGUUUUCCCGCUGAGGAACCCUGGCUAACGGUGC